GCUAGUUCGCUUCCGCCGCCGUCAAUUUGGACUCGUCUGUGGACUGCAAAAGCCCAGAAAGCUAACAAAAAAGGAUGACUUGAAAUUCAGCCAAUGCUGAGGGUUGACUGUAACGCCUAGAAUGUCUUCUUUCAAAGCGAACAAAAAAGGAUGACUUGAAAUUCAGCCAAUGCUGAGGGUUGACUGUAACCCAGAGAACGUCUUCUUUCUUCGCAUCACUAAAUGGCCCUCAGGCUUAGAGAUGGCAGCCGGUGCGUUGGUCAUCACUCGCAGGCACAACUUUUGUAUUCUCACUUGCGCUCGCUUAAGUCGUCGCGCUUUGUCAUAAGCAACAUUUUCAUCCAAUGAAAAUUCACACCGUCAUGAAGUGGCGUCGUUUCACUCAUUUGCUCGGCUUUAUUCCAUAUGGACGUCGAUGCGUGUGUGGGUGGGGCCUGAAGACAAACGGGAAAAUCCAAGGUCAUCCCGGCAUGCUUCUCUGUGACGGUGCCUCGCGCUCCCCGUUUGUAUGUGCGUGUGUGUAAUUCAUGGCGUGGCGUGGACACAGCCUCUGCACCAAUCAACGUGCUCCUCCCCCUGCCUGGCUCUUAGCUCCAAGCACACGUGCAAGGCAGGCAGGCAGGCAGGCAUUAAUCCCCAAGAGUGUGUGCGUGUGUGUGUUGGCAUAGCAGUGCGCGUGUGCAAGCGCGAGUGCGCGUGUGCAAGCGCACGAGUGAGCGAACCCGCUGGAAGCAAACACGAGCAGCGGCGGCGGCGGCGGCAGCAGCGGUGGCUCUCUGGCAUCACAUUCCAUGUACGGGGUGUGCGGCUGUUGCGGGGCUCUCAGGCCUCGCUACAAGAGGCUGGUGGACAACAUUUUCCCCGAAGACCCGGAGGAUGGACUGGUGAAGGCCAACAUGGAGAAGCUGACAUUUUACGCCCUGUCGGCUCCAGAGAAGCUGGACCGUAUCGGCGCGUACCUGUCGGAGCGCUUGUCCAGGGAUGUGGCGCGCCACAGAUACGGUUACGUGUGCAUCGCCAUGGAAGCGCUGGACCAGCUGCUGAUGGCCUGCCACUGCCAGAGCAUCAACCUCUUUGUGGAGAGCUUCCUCAAGAUGGUGCGCAAGCUGCUGGAGUCCGACAAGCCCAAUCUGCAAAUCCUGGGAACCAACUCGUUUGUCAAGUUUGCCAACAUAGAGGAGGACACGCCUUCCUACCAUCGCAGUUAUGACUUCUUUGUGUCGCGCUUCAGCGAGAUGUGCCACUCGGGUUACGAGGACCCCGACAUCCGCACCAGGAUCCGGAUGGCGGGCAUCAAGGGCCUUCAGGGCGUGGUGAGGAAGACGGUCAACGACGAGCUUCAAGCUAACAUCUGGGAUCCUCAGCACAUGGACAAGAUCGUCCCGUCGCUGCUGUUCAACUUGCAGUGUAGCGAGCGCACGGAGAGUCGCUCGCCGUCUCCAUCGCAACCGUCGGACAAGGAGAAGGAGAGCCCGGCGGAGCUGACGGAGCGCUGCUUCAGGGAGCUGCUGGGCCGAGCAGCCUACGGAAACAUCAAGAAUGCCGUCACCCCCGUGCUCAUGCAUCUGGACAAUCACGCUCUAUGGCAGGGGAAGACCUUCGCUGUGCGUUGUUUUAAAAUCAUCAUGUACUCCAUUCAGUCGCAGCACUCGCACUUGGUCAUUCAGCAACUCCUGGGUCACCUGGACGCCAACAGCAAGAAUUCGGCCACCGUCCGAGCCGGCAUCGUGGAGGUUCUGCUGGAGGCGGCCGCCAUCGCCGCCAGCGGCUCCGUCGGUCCGAAGAUUGGGCGGCCGGGCGCGCGUGGAGCCGUCUGCUGUGUCGCUCACCCGCUUUUGCGGCCCCUUGCAGGUCCCACCGUGCUGGAGGUGUUCAACACCUUACUGCGCCAACUGCGUCUCAGCGUGGACUACGAGCUGACCGGCUCCUACGACGGCAGCGCCAACAUCGGCACAAAGAUCAUCAAAGCUCACGAGGAGAGGCAGCUGCAGGAAGCCGUUAUCCGAACCAUCGGUUCCUUUGCCAACACUUUGCCCACCUACCAAAGGUCGGAAGUCAUGCUCUUCAUCAUGGGCAAGAUCCCUGUUCCCGGUGUUCACCCGUUGCUACCUUCUUCGGGCUCUUGGCCCGAGGUUACCAGGAUGAUUCAGGUGAUGUUACUCAAGUCACUGGUCCAGGUGACGGCGGGCUUCCAGACCACCAACAUGCUGACGGCUCUGCCCAGCUCCUUCCUGGAACCUCUGCUCUCGUUCUCCCUGACCGAAGACCCCGAGGUUCGGCUGCUGGUGCUCCAAAUCCUCCUCAGUCUCAUCGACAGGCACGACAACCGGCCCAAAUUCUCCAACAUGAGUAUUAUCAGCGACAUCUCUGUGCUGAAGCUGAAAGUGGACAAGUGCUCCAGACAGGACAACCUGUUCAUGAAAAAGCACGGCCAGCAGCUCUACCGGCACAUCUACCUGGGCUGCAAAGAGCAGAACAGCGGCAGGCGCCACUAUGAGAGUCUCUUUGCCUUGCUGGGUCUUCUCAGCGUGGAGCUGGCCAACGAAGAAGUGGUGGUGGACCUCGUUCGCCUGGCGCUUGCUCUGCAGGACCUGGCUCUGUCCACGGAUGAGGCGCUGGCCGUUUACAACCGCUGCGCAAUGCACGCCCUGGCCGCCGCCUACCUCAACCUGAUCUGCCAGCUCACCACCGUCCCCGCCUUCUGCCAGCACAUACACGAGGUGAUCGAAGUGAGACGGAAGGAAAGUCCUUACCUGCUGCCCGAGGACGUCUUUGCGGAUGUGCCCAGACUCCCCUCCUCGCUUGACAAAGUGGAAGGCGGCAUGCUGUUCCUUCAGUCCAAGAUCACGGAAGUCCUCGGAGGCAGCGGUUACAACACGGAGCGACUGGCCACCCCAUACAUCCCUCAGUACACGGAUGAGGACCGCUUGUCCAAGAGAAAGAGCAUCGGGGAGACCAUCUCGCUCCAGGUGGAAGUGGAGUCCCGAAACAGUCCCGAGAAAGAAGAGCGGACCCCCGCCGAGGAGAUCACCUUUGAAACCUUGAAGAACGCCAUCGUGGACAGCGUGGGUAUGGAGGAACAGGAGCGGGAGCGGAGGAGGCAAGUGGUGGAGAAGUUCCAGAAAGCUCCCUUUGAGGAGAUCGCUGCCCAUUGCGGUGCUCGGGCCACGCUGCUGCAGAGCAAACUCAACCAGAUCUUUGAGCUCACAAUCAGGCCCCCGCCCAGCCCGUCCGGCACCGUAGCAUCCGGCUACGGCCCGAGCCAGACUCGCUCGGUGCCCCUCUACGAGAUGAAGUUUCCCGACCUUUGCGUAUAUUGAGGAGGCAAGGUUACUCGGCUCUUCUUGUUCUCUUCCGGGGCAAACCAUUUUUGGGCGAGGCAGGGCAAAAAGGAAAUAACGUGCCGCUGCUGCAAGCCAAAAACUUUGAUAACAAGCCACAUUUUGUCACGCUCGCCAUGUAGGAAUGUUGUGGACAAUCUUUUCCAUUUUCUGGACUGAUUUAAUAUGGGGCUUUUUUGUUGUAGUGCUGACAUAUUGCCAAUUCUCUCAUCGUGCUGGGGGAGGGCGGCCAUGAUUUGAUCCUCCUUUAUUAUUUUUCACAUUCCUUUUUAACAGUAGGAUAAGAAGUCACUCAACAGCUCAUUGUGAGUACAGGGUCCCCCCGGCAGAAAGCAUUCAAAUCUUUCAGCUCGUGUACAGUCAACAUCUACUCCGAGUGUGUGCGUGCGUGUACACGCGUAUCUAUUUUAUAGGAACUCAAAUUUGACGCUCCGUCUCUUCUCUGCCUCUCGUUGGCAUCAGCUUAGUCUCCCACCAACGGCACGGCACGUCUGUCCCCGUGCCGACUUCCCUCGAAUCUCGUUUGCGGAUCGUGUCGUGACUCUCCGGUCGUUCCCGUUUGUGUCCACCAAGCGUGACUUGUGUCAGUCAUUUUGUCGUCUCGUUCCGGAUAGCUCUGUCGACCACGUAGUGCUUGUGCAGGUCCGAGACCCCUUCUGUGAACUUUGCACUUUAAAAACUGGAGGACCUUGUGACGAAGGCAGCUUGACUUUUUGGGGACGGAAAAAUGCCUUAGCGCUCGCUGCGUCCGUCCUGACCUGACCUGACCUGACCUGACCUGACCUGACCUGACCUGACCUGACCUGACCUGACCUGACCUGACCUGUCCUGUCCUGUCCUGUCCUGUCCUGUCCUGUCCUGUCCUGUCCUUGCAUGCUCCUGUGAUGUGCUAGACAAUAAAAGUUACCAGUCCACAGAAGAA